CCACUCUCAAGUCCAACCCAAACUUCCUCAUCCGGAUUGCAUCGCGGGAGAGACGCAGCGCCAGAGAGUGCCAUACGGGAUGCACGACGCGUAGAGCCAAGAAGCUACCAGACGCGUGUUCUGCGACACCGGCUGAACAAUCUUCAGCGACGGCCAAGCCGUGAAAGAGAUGCCGCCUAGCCUUGAUGCAACCCUUUACCGCGAGAAGACGCCAGUCUUCAAGCAUUCGCCCUUACAAAAGCGAGUCGUGCUGGGAAGCGGCGUUAUCUCUCGCUCACCCGAGCGAGGUACCAAUGCCAAGAGCAAGAAUGCCCUCAAACCGCGAAGUUACGGAGAUGGUCCGCUGCCCUUCAAGCCUUCGGAAACAGCCCCGCGAGAUGCUCGUAUAGUUGGGCGCGUGGCCGAGCCGGGAAAGCUGCCCAUGUUCACGUUGAAAGUGGGAGACGUCGAAAUCGAAGACAUUACUCUCCACGAAAUUCUGGAGUAUGUCUCGCCUUAUGAACUGGAGCGUUUCGAAAAUGAGCAAUUCGCGGAGGAACGCGAGGCACUCGCCGUGGCGCUGGCAGCAGCUGAGGCUGAGGAGGAGAGGCGCCGGCAGCGGCGAAAGGAAAAGGCCAGACGGAAGGGCAUUGUGCUCUUUGAAGAGGUCGACGACGAGGAACUCGACUCGGCGGAUCCUAACGAGGUAGUUGGGCGCCAUGGGCGCGCUCGACCUACUUACAAACAUUUGUUCAAGAAACCUCAGGAACGUCGUCGACGGCGAAAGCGAGACCCAGAGACCGGAGAAUUGUUACCGCUAAGUGACGAAGACGAUCAGAUGGAUACUUGCGUGCCCAUGGGCAGCUCAGACAGCGACCAAGAGCUGCCGCCAUCAGGCAGCCGCGAAUCUGCGUAUGGAGGUGGCGAGCUGCCAAAACGUCGCCGACGGAAACGUGACCCAGUGACUGGAGAAUUACUUCCUCUGCCGCCGUUACCGCAUGAACUUGGGCAAAGUUCUGAGGCGUCUGUCGCCUCCGUGCCAAAGGUAGAAUUACCCGUAUCACUGGAACCGAACAAACGUCCCAGACGGAGACGGCAUCCAAUCACUCGCGAACUGAUGCCACUGGGCUGGAGGUACAACCCGGAGACCGAUCCUGUGGCCCGAAAAGCAGCUGGCUUAAGCCCAUCCAUACGACGACUCAGUAUCUCCCAAGAACAGCAGCCCAAGCGCGUGAAACUGGCAUCAGAAUCUUCAGCAGAUGAUCAUACUCGUUCAGCCAAUACGACUCGCAAUAGCCCACACCAGGCUUCACCACGAGGAACGCCCCGUCAACAGCAGAAAACUAUCGUCAUUGAUCUAUCAGAGACCGACGACUUGAAUGACGAGAAGGAAGAACAAAGCAAGGCAAUCUCAGCUCCAUCUCCUGGUGUAACAAGACCGACUCCAAGGACCUCGAUGCUUCAUCCUACAGCGCAUACAGCGUCAUCAGGUUCCUCUAGCGAACGAGUCACAGUUGCCUCAUUUCUGAAAGCCUCUGCGACUCUUUCGGAUGAAUCUGACACAGACGAUUCAGAGCUAUUCAAACAGAAGCCCGCUGUGAGAAACACUCCGACUCACGGCAAGACUAGCAUUCUCAAUCCUAUUGCAUCAAAGCAGGCCGUCCACCCUGCGGAGGACGAGGCAGCUGACAAUGACGAGUCUGAUCUGGAUGACGGAGAGUGGUUUGUAGAAGCCAUCGUCGGCCACAAAAUGUCAGACCCGAGGAGCCAUCCCGGCAGGCCGUCCAUAAUGUUGUACAAAACAAAGUGGGAGGGCCACGAUGAACCUACUUGGGAGCCAGCGGACAGUUUCGUUGACCAGAAUACUGUCUCUGAGUACCGCGCUCGUGCUGGACUAGACAACCCAAAGCAGGUGAUCAAGAGCCCUGGCAGGAUUGUACCAGUCGUGGCAUCGAGUAGCAGGUCCCUCGCGGGACCGAGUUUGGCACAAGGAUCGAAGCUUCCAGGCUCAAAUUCGGCCUCCACUUCAUCGGAUGGUGGCAGCGAAGAGGAUGAAGACGAAGACGGAUAUGAGAUUGAGGAAAUCCUCGCACACCACAUGUCCGACCCGAGAACGCAUCCGGGAAAGCCACAGACGAUGCUUUACAAGGUGAAAUGGGUUGGAUAUCCAGCAAGUGCAGCGACGUGGGAGCCGAAAGGAAGCUUUCCAAACCUCGACAUAGUCAAUGCGUACCGCAGGAAGGUCGGCUUGAAGCCUGAACGCGCUGAUUGUGGCCAGUGACAUCGCCGUCAACGCAUCUUUCUUCCGCAACACUACAGUCUCGAUCGGAAUGAUGCGGUCAGCGGCCAAGAAGUGCGGGCAAGCUAUAGCUUUCGUGCCGGCCGGACGAUGCUUGCCGAGCCUUAAUACCAAAUCAAAAUAACCUCACUCGGUAACUUCAUCUGCCCUC